AUGAAACAGCUGCUGGUGUGGAUCAGAGGGAACAUGCCGAAGGAACGGCCCAAGCUCUUUGUCCAGGGAGACACUGUGAGGCCUGGAAUCCUAGUGCUUAUCAAUGAUGCUGACUGGGAAUUGAUGGGUGAGUUGGAAUACGAGCUAGAGGACCAGGACAAGGUAGUGUUCAUCUCUACUCUCCAUGGAGGUUAG